AUGAAAAAGAAGAAAUCGGCCAAACAUGGCUUAUACGAUAGCCGUUAUGAAAAAGAUGCGUGCGGGGUUGGAGUUGUAGCAGAUAUAAAUGGAAAAUCUUCAAGGAUGGUAAUUCAAAAGGCUAUGCAAAUAUUAUUGCGACUAAGCCACAGAGGAGGUGUACAAUCAAAUAAUGGAGAUGGUGCAGGAAUAUUAGUUGGCAUGCCGCAUGAAUAUUUUCAAAUGCUAAGUGAUACAUGCCAAUUACCUUUUUUAUUGCCAGAAAAAGGGGAUUAUGCAGUUGCUCAAAUAUUUUUACCACAUAAUGAAGAAAGAAGAUUAUUUUUAUAUCAUGAAAUAGAAAGGGAAGUGUAUAACCAUGGUUUGGUUGUUUUAGGAUGGCGAUCACCUAUACCUGUUAGAAGUGACGUCAUAAGUGCUACAGUAAAAAAAAGUGAACCUUUUAUUGCUCAAAUGUUUGUAUGCAAAAGAUCAGUAUUUAAAAAUUAUGACGAUUUUAAUAUAUACCCCUUUUCGGAUAUAAAUUUUACAGAUGAUACAAAUUUAAAUUUAAAUGAAUUACCUGGUGAUAUAGAAUUACUUUCAUUUUUUAUAAGAAAAAAAUUAGUAAGACAUAAUGAUAUGUAUUUUUGCAGCUUUUCUUCAAGAACAAUAGUAUAUAAAGGUUUAUUAACUCCAUCACAAAUAUACUUAUAUUUUGAAGAUUUGCUAAGUGAGCAAUUUACCACUUAUUUAGCUAUGGUUCAUGUAAGAUUUUCAACAAAUACAUCCCCUACAUGGUAUGCUGCCCAUCCAUUUAGACGAAUUUGCCAUAAUGGUGAAAUAAAUACAAUUAGUGUUAAUUCAUUAUUAUUUAAAGAGAGGAUGCAACUAGCUAAAGCACCUGAUUUUUUCAAAUCCGUUUCUAUAAAAGAUUUAAAGCCAAUUAAUGAAGAAAAAUACAUUAUUUAUGAUAAUGACGAUGAAAUAAUACAUAAAAGAGACACAUUUGAAGAUAUUAUGUUGACAAAAAAUCGAUUAAAAAAAAAAUCGAGACGAAAUUUAUUACUAAAAUUAAAAAGAGAUUAUACAUAUAAUAGCUCCGCAUUAAACUAUCAAAUAAAAAGAGAAUACAUGAAUUCAGAUAUUAAUAGUAAUUCUGAAUUUUUAAAUAAUAUGAAUGAACAAUCUAAGAGUUCUUCAGAUGACUUAUUAGAUAUAAAUGAAAAAGAUAGCCAUAUGAAAAAUGCUAAGAAAUUUAUUACAGGCAAUACUGGUAUAAGCAAUCCAAAUGAUUUUGGAAAAUCCAUGAAAUCACAAAUAAAAUACGGUGAAAGUAAAAAAACCAAAGGAGAAUUAAGUUUUCCGUCUGAUUCUUCUUUAUUUGACAAUGCAAUAGAUUUUCUGACUAUGACAGGGAGAGAAAUCGAACAUGCAGUUAUGAUGCUAAUGCCAAGAGCAUAUCAAAAAGAUCCAAAUAUAACUCCUUUAGAAAAAGCAUUUUAUGAAUAUCAUACAUGUUUAAUGGAACCAUGGGAUGGACCAGCUUUAGUUAUAUUUACAGACGGAAAUAAAGUAGGCGCUUCAUUAGAUAGAAAUGGUUUAAGGCCAGCUCGAUAUAGUAUAACUAAUUAUGGGCUAUUUGUAUUAUCUAGUGAAACCGGGGUUGUUGACUUACCCUAUGAUAAAAUUACACAUAAAGGAUGUGUAUAUCCAGGAAAAGUUGUGUUAGUAGAUUUUAAAGAAAAAACAUUUCUUAGACAUGAAGAUGUUUUAAGUAAAUUUUUAAAAUUAAAUAAUUAUAAAAAAUGGUUAGAUCAUUAUUCUAUACAUUUAGAUAAUAUUAUAAAACCUGCAUCUAAUAUGGAAAAUAUACGUAUGACUGCAUAUAAAUAUGGAGCUAUUCUGAACAAAGAUAACUAUUAUCACCAUACUAAUCAUGUAAAUAAUAAUAGUACUAGUAAAAUAGGACAAAUAAAUAAUCCAGAUCGUCAUGAUGAUUCUUUAAUAAAAAAAUUAAAAGCUUUUGGUUAUACUUAUGACGCAUUUAACAUAAUCAUAUCUCCUAUGGUUAAGCAUGCAGCUGAUGGAUUGGGAGCAAUGGGUAAUGAUACUGCUUUCCCAUUUCUUAGUUAUUUACGUAGAAACUUAGUAUACUAUUUUCAACAAACAUUUGCUCAAGUUACUAAUCCAGCUAUUGAUCCAAUUAGAGAAGAAAAUAUAAUGUCUCUUAUGAGUAUUUUAGGUAAAGAAGGAGAUAUAUUACAUUGUACAUAUACAAAUUGUCAACGGAUAUUUAUCAACGGGCCAAUAUUAAAUGAGCCAUUGUAUAAUAUGCUACUUCAAUUGCCCGAUUUUCCACAUAUAAUUAUUGACAUGACGAUAAGUUUGGAUCUUUUGGAGCAUUUAAUGUCAACAGAAAACCCAACUUCACCCACAGCUAAUGGCGAAAAUGAUGACGACAAUUUCAUCAAGUUUGAUGUAGUAAAAAGCUAUUCAUCUCCAAAAAAAUCAUUUAUCCAAGACUAUACACCAAAAGCCGAGGAUUCUGCAAAAAAAUAUGUUAAGGAUGAUCCUACUGCAAAUAAUACUGGUGGGAAUAAGAAGCCACGUGUAUUUUCCAAAUAUCUGAUAAAAUUUAUUGACAGAAUUAAUACAAAGGUUGAAAGUGCAAUUAGAAGAGGUAGCCAACUUAUUAUAUUAUCACAUGGAAAUGUCAGCGAAUCAAGAGUUCCGAUAUUUUCUAUAAUAAUCGUUGGUGCACUACAUAAAUAUCUAUUAAGUAAAAAUUUAAGAACGAAAUGCUCUAUUAUUGUUAAAGCCGGUGAUUGUUUUGAAAUACAUCAUUUAGCUGUUUUACUAUCUUUUGGAGCCGAUUGUAUUUAUCCAUUUAUACUUUAUGAAAGUUUACAAUUUAUAAAAUAUGGUAGCAAUGAAGCUAGAUUAAGUAAUCAACAGCUUAUUAGUAAUUAUAGACAUGCAACUAAUUAUGGUAUAUUAAAAAUAAUGUCGAAAAAUGGAAUAUCUACAUUACCUAGUUAUAAAGGUUGUGGUUUAAUGCAGCCAUUGGGUAUAUCUGAUGAAAUUUUAAAAAAAUGUUUUAUUAAUGUUUGUGACUCAAUAAUAGGGGGAGUAACUUUCGAAUUUGUUGAAAAAGAAAUUUUAAGAAUAUUCAAUCACGCAUACCCUAAAAGAAUAUUAGCAUUAAAUGUUAAAAAUGCUAAUGAUGAGUUAGAUGAUUUUGGUGAAUAUCAUUUUAGAAACAUAGGGAAUGCACAAAUUCAUAUGAAUCAUCCCGAAACAAUAAAUUUAUUACAAAGAGCAACAAAAACUGGAAAUUUUGAUACUUAUAAAAAAUAUUCAGAAUUGCAAAAUGAGUUAAUCAAUCAUUGUGAAAUAAGAGGCCAAUUAGAAAUUAAUUAUAAAAAAUGUCCAUCUUAUAAUAAAAAAAAAAAAAAAAAUGAGCCUAUAAAUAUUAAUUUAGUAGAGCCUAUUAAUAAAAUAUUACUACGAUUUUGUACAGGUGCUAUGUCUUUUGGUUCAUUAUCUGAAGAAGCACAUACAACUGUUGCCAUUGCUAUGAAUAGUAUUGGAUUAAAAUCGAAUACUGGGGAAGGUGGAGAAGCUGAGGAUCGAAUAAUACAACCCAAUAAUAAUAAUAACAAUGAGCCCAAUACAUCUUCAGCUGUUAAACAAAUAGCAUCAGCCAGAUUUGGAGUUACAGCUUAUAGCUUAGUAAACGCCCAUGAAUUACAAAUAAAAGUUGCACAAGGAUCAAAACCAGGGGAAGGAGGAGAAUUACCAGGUUAUAAAGUAAAUGCGAAAAUCGCUUCAGUUCGUAGAAGCACACCAGGAAUUGGUUUGAUUUCACCUCCACCACAUCAUGAUAUGUAUUCUAUUGAAGAUGUUGGGCAAUUGGUUUAUGAUCUAAAAAAUAUAAAUAAAGAAGCAAAGAUAUCUGUUAAAUUAGUUUCAAAAUUAGGUAUUGGUGUUAUAACAUCUGGUGUAGUAAAAGGUAAUUGUGAACAGAUUCUAAUUAGUGGUAUGUCAGGAGGUACAGGUGCAUCUAAAUGGACAUCAAUAAAACAUGCAGGUUUACCUUGGGAAAUUGGUUUAGCAGAAGCACAUCAAACUUUAUGCAAAUCUAAAUUAAGAAAAAGAGUUAUUUUGCAAAUAGAUGGACAAUUAAAAACGGGUAGAGAUGUUAUAUUAGGGGCAUUAUUAGGAGCGGAAUCUUUUAGUUUUUCUACUCAGCCAUUAAUUACUUUAGGCUGUAUUAUGAUGAGGAAAUGUCAUUUAAAUAUAUGCCCUGUAGGUAUAUGUACACAAGAUCCAGAAUUAAGAAAAAAAUUUGCAGGAAAACCAGAAUAUGUUAUUAAUUUUUUUUUCAUGGUAGCAAACGAAGUUAGAGAAUAUUUAGCUAGUAUGGGAUUUCGAAAAUUCUCACAUAUUAUUGGUAGAUCUGAUUUAUUAAAAAAAAAAAGUCACUUAAAAUAUGAUGAAAAAAGAAAACUUUUAGAUUUUUCAAAAUUAUUAUUCCCUGGUUGGAAAUAUUAUACCGAAGAGCAAAAUAAGGAAGAUGGUGAUAAGGGUUACACCAAUAGUGAAAAAAGAAAAAAAAAAAAGAAGGAAAUUGAAAAAGAACGCGAAAAGGAAAAGAAAAAAAAAACGUUAAAUGCAUAUUCAAUGCAUAAUAAUAUAAUUAACAAAUAUAAAGACCAACAAAGUGGUAGUUUAACCCCUUCUGAGAAAAAUAUAAGAAAACAGGUUCUUAUAAAUGAAAAUUUGAACACUGAUAUUAAGUAUGAUCCAUCAAAGGAGGAACAACAUGGUGUUAAUACAAUAAAGGAAAGGGUAGGGAAAUUAUCAUAUGAAAAAAUUGAAGAAGAUGAGGAUGGAGAUGAUGAAGAAGAAGAGGAAAGAGAAGAAGAAGAAAAGGAUAAAAGCACAAGUGAAGAAGAUGAAGAUGAGGAAGAAGAAGACGAAGAAGAAGAGGAGGAUGAUGAAGAAGAGGAAUAUGGUGAAACAGAUGGAGAUGAUGUAAUAGAAAAAAAUUUAAGCCUAACAUACAGAGAAGAUAUGUUAAAAAAUGUAGAUAAAUUGAAUUUUCAAAAUAAAGCAUUACGAAAAAAGUCAAAAAGUAUAUCUGAAAAAAAAAGUCAUGUAAAAAAGAAAAAAAAUAAACCUAUUCCAAUAUUUUGUUGUGAAACACAAAAUCAUAAACUGUGUGACAUUAUAGACAGAGAAUUAAUAAGACGAUCUAAAAUUGCACUUUUAAAUUGUACUCCUGUAAAUAUUAAUAUGCCAAUAAAAAACACAGAUAGAGCAGUUGGAGCAAUGUUAAGUUAUCACAUUAUUCAGAAAUAUGGUGAAAAAAGUUUACCAAUGGAUACUAUAAAUGUAAAAUUUAGAGGAACAGGAGGAUUAUCAUUUGGUGUAUUUUUAACUAGUGGAUGUAAUUUUGAAUUAGAAGGAGAUGCAAAUGAUUUUGUUGGAAAAGGUUUAUCAGGUGGAAUAAUUUCAGUACAUUUUCCUAAAUCUUCAUUAUUUAUUAAUGAAUGCCAAAAAAAUAUGAUAGUAGGAAAUUCAGUGUUAUAUGGCGCAACAAAAGGUCGAGCCUUUUUUGCAGGUAGAGCGGGUGAACGAUUUGCCGUUAGAAAUUCAGGAGCUAUUGCUGUAGUUGAAGGUGUUGGAUGUCAUGGUUGUGAAUAUAUGACAAAAGGUAUAGUUGUCAUAUUAGGAGAAAUUGGAUGUAACUUUGCGGCUGGAAUGAGUGGAGGUAUUGCAUACGUAUUAGAUAUAAAUGAAAAGAACGUAAACCAUCAAAUGGUUGAUUUAAAAAUAUGUAAAACUAUGGAUGAAAAAAUGACUUUAGAAAAAUUGUUGCAUGAACAUUAUGAUCGAACAAAUUCAUAUACAGCUAAAAUGUUAUUAAAUGAUUUUGAUAAAAAUCUAGAAAGAUUCACAAAAGUUAUUCCAAGAGAUAUAAAAAGAGUAUUAACUGAAGCAUGCAUAGAAUUUGUAAAAACAGGAAACGAAGAAGCUGCAUCUAUACUUGAUGAUUGGGCAUCUUUAUUAAAAAGUGUAGAUCAUCCUGAAAAUAUGUACAAAAAAGCUAUGCAAUUUUUUACUACAAUUUCUGAUGAUAUAUCAGGUUUAUCAAAAACAUUAGCAUUAAGGAAUGUAGAUGGAUUAAUUAUAUAUGAUAUAUUACAAGGAAGUAAUCAUAGAAAAUUAUUAAGAAUUAAAAAUGUGGGAUCUAAUUUGGUUAAUGAUUCCAAUUUUAAUACAGAAGAAAAUAUCAGCUUUGAAUCCGACCAAAAUAAAAUAUUCGAUUUUGAAAAGUUUACAUAUAAUCUAGAAUUAUGUAGAGCUAAUAAUAGAAAAUGGAGGAGAUACGUGCAAAUACCAUUUAAAUGUACUGCUUUUUCUGAUUUUAAAAAUAUAUUCCCAAAUCGUCUUGAUGAUAAGUCUAAAGAAAUUAUUAAAAAGUACAUACUAAAUGAGCAAUAUUUACUAGAUGUACAUCUUAAAUCACUUAAUUCAAAUCAAUUUAUUGAAGGGUUGCUAAAUAGAGAAGAUGAAAGAGAUGCUUAUAUUAACCAAAAACAGAUUAAUCCAAAUAUUUAUUCUUUUAAAAAUAUGUUUUAUCCCGCUGAUUAUAAUGAUUUAUUAUGUAUAACAGAUGAGAAAAAAAGUGAACAAUCCAUCUCUAUAAAUCCUGAUACUAACAAGUCAAAUACAGAAUCCAACGAAAACAUUAAUAAAACAGAUAAAGGAACUAGCGAAAAUACUACAAUAGAUACACAAAUUGUUAUACAAGAAAAAAUACCUAAAAAAAUUAAUAUAAUAAAUAAUACUGAAAAUGAAACAGGAGAAAAUAUUCCACGAACAUCCAUUGAUAAUAUAAAUCAAUCAAAAAAUGAUAAUUCAAUUAAACCAUUUUUAGUUGCUAAUCCAAAUAAAGUUACAGGGUUUAUGGAAUAUGAAAGAUUAUCACAUCCAUUAAAAGAUGUAAGUAGUAGAGUGUUAGAUUAUUCUGAAAUUAUAGUUCCAAUAAAUGUAAAAAGUAAGCUACAUAAUCAACUUCUAAAAACGCAAUCUUCUAGAUGUGUAGAUUGUGGAACACCAACCUGCCAUUACCCAAAUUCUAGAGGUGGAGGAUGCCCAUUAGGUAAUAGGAUAUAUGAUUGGAAUAACCUGAUUUAUGAAAACGAAUGGAAAAAAGCAUUGGAACGAUUAUUAGACACAAAUAAUUUUCCAGAAAUUACGGGAAGAGUAUGUCCAGCUCCAUGUGAAGAUGCAUGCAUAUUAAGCAUAAAUGAAAAACCAGUUUCUAUAAAGUUUAUUGAAUUAUCUAUUAUUGAAUGUGGUUUUAUAAAAAAAUGGAUACAACCAAUUAUACCACGUACAAGAACGGGAAAAAAAGUUGCUAUAAUCGGAUCAGGACCAAGUGGUUUAACAGCAGCACAACAAUUAAAUAAAGCUGGACAUCAUGUUGUCAUAUAUGAAAAAGGAGAAUAUUUCGGGGGAUUAUUAAUGAACGGUAUACCUAGUGUAAGGUUAGAUAAAAAAAUUAUAGAAAGAAGAAUAAGUUUAAUGAAAAAAGAAGGAAUAACUAUGAAAAAUAAUAUAAAUAUUGGAGUUGAUAUAAAAUUAACUGAAUUAAUGCAAAAUUAUGAUGCCAUUUUAUUAGCUACUGGUUAUGAAAUACCUAGAAAAUUAAAUAUACCCGGAUCUAAUUUAAAUAAUAUAUUUUAUGCAAUGGAUUUUUUAUCAUCCUUUCAAAAAUCCCUAAUUAAAUCUGAUUUAAUGGAUGACCAAUAUAUAGAUGUAUCUGAAAAACAUGUUAUUAUAUUAGGUGGUGGUAAAACAGCUGCAGAUUGUAUAAGCUUAGCUAUACGUAUGGGUGCAGCUAGCGUUUUACAAUUUACAAGAAAAGAAGCUCCGCCUAUUAAUAAAAAUAAAAAUUCUUGGCCUGGUUUAAAAAAUAUAUUUAAAGUCGAAUAUUCACAUGAUGAAGCUAUUGUUAUACAAGGAAAAGAUCCAAGAGAAUUUUGUAUAAGAAGUUUGGAAUUUAUUCCUUCAAAUAAAGAUCCUAAAAGAGUAUCUGGUAUAAAGGCUAUCAAAGUUAAGCCAAAAAGAGGUAAUAUCACACGCAAUGGAGUUAAUAAUUCUAUUAAAAGAGACUUAAGUAAACGUACACCCUCCCCUCAAUAUAAUAAUUCGACUACUAAUUUAAAUACCAGUAUUAGCGGAAUUACAACAACAGGAAAUGAAUCUACAAAUACAAAUGGCAGUUUUUCCACUAUACUAGCUAAUACUCCCUCUAUGGAUACUAAUUCGCAAAAAAACAGUGCCAAAAAGCAGUGUAUUAACAAAAACAAUAAAUUAAAGCAGAAUAAAAACACAGCUAAAAGAAAUUCAGAUGAAUCUCCUAUUUCAAAUAAUAGCAAUUACAAUCAUAAAAUAAAUAAUAUGAAUAAUGAAGUAGUGAAAAAUUAUCAAGUUGUAAAGCCAGAAAAGGAAUAUGUUGAUAUUCCAUUUACAGAAAGGGUUUAUAAAGCAGAUAUCAUAAUUUUAGCUCUUGGAUUUUUAAAAACAGAUGAUUCAAUAUGGGAAAAUGAUACUAUUAAAAUAGAAUUAGAUAAUUAUAAUUGUAUAAAAACACAUAAUAAUAUUUAUCAAACAGCACAUAAAAAAAUAUUUGCGUGUGGAGAUUGCAGAAUCGGACCAAGUACCGUCGUACAAGCUAUUGCAGAAGGAAGAGAUGUUGCUUCUAAAAUAGAUGAGUUCUUGACAAAUUCAACUUCAAUUUUACCCCCUUGUAACACAUAUUAUUAUUAUCCUAAAAACUAUAAAUAUACCCCAUUUAGUUCUGCACAUUGGGGAUAA